AUGGCCCUCCUGGCUCUCACCCUGGCACUGCUGGCAAUGACCGUGGCCACCCAGGUCAUAACGGUGCCCCUGGACAUGGCCCCGGACUCCUUCGAUGACCAGUACCAGGGCUGUGGCCCUGAUAUGAAGGCGGAGCUCCCGGCCCUGAACCGCUCCGAGCGCAAGAACAAUCCUCUGUUUGUCCGGGCCUGGCCAAAGGCUGUGGCAGAGUGGCAGAAAUGGGGGUCCCGUGUGUCCCCUCUGUCGUCCCCAGAGCAGGCCAUCGCCAUCAUGGCCUACUCCAUGAAUGUGUCCAUCAUGGGCCAAUACCUCUAUGAGGAGUUCAACAAGGAAGUGAGAGUGGCUGGGCGCUCCUCCCAGGAAUACCGGGACAAUUUCCACUUCAAAAUUCUGCAUUUCCUGCUGACCGACGCCCUGGUCACGCUGUGGGAUGCUCAGGGGCAGCAAUGUCACUUGGUGUUCCGGGGGGUGCACAAAAUCAAGUUCAAGGCAAAUGUUGGAGACAUCAUCCGGUUCGGUCAAUUCGCGUCGUCGUCUGUUCGCAAAGAUGUCAUCAAAAGAUUUGGGAACACCACAGUGUUCCAGGUGCAGACGUGUCACGGCGCAGACAUCCAGGCAUUCUCCGAUAUUCCCAAAGAGGCGGAGGUGCUGAUCCCACCCUUUGAGAAGUUCAAGGUUACCAAAGUCAUUGAAGAUGAGGAGAAGGUGGAGAUCCACCUCAACUCCAUCGGGACCUACAGCACAUACAACUGCGAGUGGCUGAAAGACAGUGCUGUGGAGACCAGCCCAGUGUGCUGGACGUGUGUGGCCUGGGACCCCCCAUGGCACCCCAUGAACUCCUGUCAUACCUUGUCCCCUGCCACCCCUUAA